AGAGAUGCGGUUUUACCGAUUCAAAGACCGAGAAAGAGACAUUUAAUUUUAUUUAUUUAUUUAUUUAUUUAUUUAUUCAAAUUGAGCUGAUUGCCAACAUCAUUAUAUUCCCAUGCUAUUUAAAUUGUAAUCGACUCUACCUCAUGCCUUGGCAUUUGUCCCACAUGUUCACAGCAGUGUAACAGAGGCGCGGUAGGCGUGGAGAGUCGCGCGCCUAGAAUCGAAUCCGGAACGAGCGCUGGAUGGAAACAAGCCACGGCAUGAAGACAAACGUUUUCAACUUAGCAGACAGUGACAACUUCUCGUCCGAAAGUUACAGCGACAUUUUGACAGCAAGAAGGGUGAUUACGGUUUGAGGGUGUGUUUCUACAUCUUUUCAGCUUGCCUCAGUGUAACCUCAUCAUCCCAAUGGCAUAUGGUAGACUUCAUGACCACUGAAGACCCCAUGUGUCUACUCUUCUAUGGAGCCCGACCAGGAAAUUACUGAGUGGCUGACCAGUCUACACCUGCUCCAAUAUGCCUCCAGCUUCGCCGGGGCUGGCUACCAUUGCUUUAAGGACCUCAGGAGCCUAACUGAUGAGAAGCUUCUUAAGAUGGACAAUAUUCCCACAGGACACCGGCGGAGGAUCCUUAGCAGCCUGGAGACCCUGAUGAUAAAAGUGGAUGGAGGUGAAGUGCCAGUGAGGAGAAAGCCGAUGCCAAGACCUAGAAAGGUGUUUCCCAAGGCUGAGCAGAGAGAAACAUGUUGUCCGCAUUCUCAGGGCAGUGACAUCCAGGUGACGAGGCAAACUUCAAGGACUAUUGCUGAUUCAGAGUGUAUGGCCACUGGUUCUGCUACACUUCCUCAUACACUUUCCUCCAGCUCUAGCUCCACCUCUGAGCAUGGCAGCAGUGAAUCACUGGAGAACUUUUCAGAAGAACCCAUUCCAAAUGAGAAUGAUGACUUUUCCUCAGAAGGAGCUUCUGUAGAGUUUGUGGGAGAAAUGGUUGAAAAUGAAAUAUAUGAGGAGUGCACCUUCAAUAAGGAAUCCUCUGGGCCGAGGGUCACCCGCUCCUUUAAACUACGACACAGGCCUGUACCAGAGAUCCCUGAACACCCCUACAUACCUCCUGACUGGAAUGUGGCAGCAAACAACAAUGACCUCCUCACAAAGUCAGAGGGACUCAUCUGCCCCACAGGCAGUCAGAAAGCACCACUUCAAAGGACCCUGUCCCCCAUUGCCCCAUAUGGAGAGCUUUUUCUGUUCAACUUAGCAGAAAAGGAACCGGAUGUGGGCAACGAGGUUAUGUCUAGUCAAGGAGUAAAAGUGAACCUGGAUCAACAGAAGUUGAGAAACAAGCAGACACAAAACCAAGAAAGCACACACAAUAACAAGAAGCAAGACCUUUCCAAGCAACAUUAUAUCCAUGAUGAUGAUGAUGAUGAUGAUGAUGAUGAUGAUUACUCCACUGUCCAAGAAUCCAAGCUUAGUCAGCAAAUGGCUACUGAAUGCUCUUUUAAACAUCCUACAUUGCCUACUCCUCUCUCGAGCACUGGAACAUCAGCUUUGGCCAAGCCUCAGACAGAUGUGAAGGACAUAUAUAGUAUGGCACAUGAUGACCUACCAGUACUGAGACCAAACCUUCCUUCUGUAACAGAAGUUUCCAUUUCUCCCUAUGCCUGCUUCUAUGGGACCCGUAAUGCUGUCACCAAAGAAGGCUGGCUAGAUAAACUCUCUCCUCAAGGGAACUGUGUCUUUCAGAGAAGAUGGGUGAAGCUUGAAGGAGGAAAUCUUACUUACUACAGCAGCGAUAAGGAGAUGUACUCGAAGGGCCUGAUACCCAUUUCGACAGUAAAACAUGUUCGUACUCUUGGUGAGAAUAAGUUUGAGGUGGUCACGUCUGCAAGAACCUUUGUGUUUCGGGCAGAGAAAGAAGGAGAACGUCAGGAUUGGCUAGAGGUUCUCCAGUCUACUGUGAGCUCCCAGCCCUCCAUUUCCCAUCAGCCUCGCAAAAAUAACACAAACAAGAGUGGCUACGUCGAGCUGCGUGGCCUCAAAGGAAGAGUCUACCUCAGCCUCAUGGGAACCAGCUUCAGACUCUGUAAAACAGACCAGGACUUUAAUUCUGGGCUGGCCAUCACUGAGGUGGACCUCACUGCUGCGUGUGUGAAGCAAUUUGAGAGGAAAGGAUUCGAGAUCACCACACCUUUCAAAUCUUUCUGUUUCACAGUGGAGUCUGAGCGUGAGAGAGAGGAAUGGAUAGAAGCAGUUCAGGAGUCCAUCGUAGAGACGUUGUGUAAUUAUGAGGUGCUGGAGAAGGUUUGGUUCAACAGGUCCAACAGGAAGUGCGCUGAUUGUCAGGCUCCUGACCCAGAAUGGGCCUCCAUCAACCUGUGUGUGGUCAUCUGCAAGAAUUGUGCUGGUCAGCAUCGAUUCCUGGGUCCUGGGAUCUCAAAGGUCCGCAGUAUGAAGCUAGACAGCAGCAUAUGGACCAACGAGCUCAUUGAGCUGUUUUUAGACGUUGGAAAUAAGAAUUCCAACAGCUUCUGGGAAGCAAAUCUUCCCCCAGAGGAGGAGCUUUGCAUGCAGCCGUCACUGGAGCAGCGUGCAUCCUUUAUUCGCAGGAAGUACAUAAAGAGAAAGUACAAGAAAGUUCUAGAAGGUCUAAACACUCAAGAGGAGCUCAACAAGGCGCUGUGUGCAACAGUGGUUCUCCCUGACAUCCUGCAAACCAUGGCCCUGGUUUUCAGCGGGGCGGAUGUGAUGUGUGCAACCGGUGACCCUCAGUACUCCACCCCAUAUCUUCUGGCUCAGAAAGCGGGCCAGAGGCUGCAGAUGGAGUUUCUCUACCACAACAAGCUCACAGAUUUUCCUAAGCUGGAAGCAGUAUUUGACAGCAGUUUUUCGGCUGAUGUUCCGUCUUUUAUGGAUGGAUUUCUCUAUUGCUCUGUGAACGCUGGCAAGGCCACUCUGGACCGGAAAGGAAGACCCGACCUGGUCCGCCGUUGGUGCACAUUGGAAGGUGGAUUCCUUAGUUACUAUGAAAAUGAAAAGAACGCUACACCCAUAGGCCGGGUUGACGUCAGCGAUGUGGUGAGCCUGGCCAUCAACAACACUGAGAACAUCACCGAAACAGGGCCAGUGUUCACCUUUGAGUUGUACCUGCGCUCUCAGAGAGUGCUGGUGUUCGGAGCGGAGACCUCAGACGCACAGCAGGAUUGGACAUAUGCCAUCGCCAAGUGUUUUGUCCCUGCAAGGGCAGAUGCUCUGCUGAGGCAGGACGGUGAGCUGAUUGGGCGACUGCACUAUAAAGAGGGUCAUGACCUUUAUUAUUGGAGAAUGGGAUGGUUUACACUGGUGGGCACAGAACUCUACUUCUGUUCUGGAGAUGAAGAUGAAGAGGAGGGAGUUCUUCGACUCAAACGCCUACAGGAGCUUACUGUGUCCACUCAUAUGGAGGGUGAUGAGAAGAUUCAGGUCUUACUCAUGGUUGAGAGUGGGAGGACUGUGUACAUACAUGGCAUCACCGAGAAGGACUUUGCUCUGUGGCAUUCUUCCAUCCAGUUGGCAGCUGGGACGGAUGGUAUGGCUCUCGGAAACCAGCAGAUGAAUAAAAAUGAUGUUCCUAUCAUCGUGGAUAGCUGCAUUGCUUUUGUGACCCAAUAUGGUUUGUGUUAUGAGGGAAUCUACCAGAAGAACGGUGACCCGGGCCGUGUGGCCCAGCUCCUGCAGGAUUUUACCAAGAACGCUCGGGUUGUUAAACUACGGGCUCAAGACCACCGGCUAGAGGAUGUCACAGACACACUCAAGAGCUUCCUGUCUCACAGUGAAGAUGCUCUAUUGGCUAAAGAGCUGUACCCUUUUUGGAUCUCUGCCCUUGAUGAACAGGAUGAGAAGGUCAGAGUGCAAAAGUAUUCGUCCUACAUUCAGAGUUUACCCGAAGUCAACAGGUCAACACUCGGUGCUCUGCUGCAGCAUUUGUACAGGAUCCAGAGGUGCUCGCGUAUCAACCAGAUGAACACGCAGAAUCUGGCGUGUGUUUUCUCCUCGUGCCUGUUUCAGACGGAGGGACACACAGCUCAGGAGACCCGCGUGGUGGAGGACCUCAUCAACAAUUACAUCCAGCUCUUCUCUGUCAGUGAAGAGCAGGUUAGGCAAAUGGAGAAAGAAAACAGCUUUAUCACCAGGUGGAAGGACACCACAUUCUCUCCUGCUGGUGACCUGAUAUUUGAAGUCUACGUAGAAAAAAAGGAGCCAGAGAAGUGUUGUUUAAUCAAGGUGUCUCCUAGCAUGAGGUCGGACGAGCUUGCCAUCAGCACUCUGGAGAUGAAGGGGAUGGAGGUCAAAGCUCAAGAUCUCUGGACCACUUUUGAGGUCAUUGAGAAUGGAGAGAUGGAGCGGCCCUUACACUACAAAGAGAAGAUUCUGGAGCAGGUAUUGGAGUGGAGCUCUCUGGAGGAUCCCAGCUCGGCCUUCCUGCUCAUUAAGAAAUAUUCUGGUUCUAAAAUGACAGAUUCCAACUCAGAUAAACUGAAAGAUUUCAUUAAAGGAGAGCAACUCAAAUUCAAAGACGGUUCAUCCAAACUGCUUUUGGGGAAUAAGUUUCAGGACCGAUACCUGGUACUACAAGACAAAAAACUGCUGUUAUACAAAGACAUAAAAAGUACCAAACCAGAAAGAGAGGCUCCAUUAAAGUCUCUUAAAUGUUACUUAGGGCUACGAAGGAAGUUGAAACCAACAAGCAGUUGGGGUUUUACUGUUUAUACUGAAAAACAGCAGUGGUAUUUCUGCUGUAAAGGGAAUGAUUCUCAGCAGGACUGGGUCACCUCCAUUAUCAGAGUGAAGCAUGGCAGUGACUUAUGGCCUAAAGACCUAAAGCAGAGCACAUCGUUACCUUAUAACCUGUGCAGGGGAAGAACAUCCACUUACAGCACUGCAAAGACCAGCACAGGCAAACCUCAGAGAGAGGCUAAAGGAAAGUCAGUCCUCACUACAUGUAUAGAAGGUUCAAAUACACAAAACCAAAAGACCACAGAUGUGAGCAACCAACCGGACUUGAUGCAUAAAUUGGCAAGCAGUGAAGGAACUCUGAGUGUCUCCGGGUUUCAAAUGAUGAUUGAUGACACAUUACAGUCUCUGGGUGGACCAUCACUUCAACAAGACCCCAGCGCUCUCACCCAGCUAUCGCCCAAGAAGGCUGUGUUGCCUUGCAGAGGUGUGCAGUUGCCUCAGAACAUCAUUAAUGAGCUAAGUACUGUCCUUCACAAAACAGGACGCUUUCCAAAAGAAGACAAUUAAGAGAGACAUACAGAGACAGAAAGACAAGACAAUCGUCUGUUGCUCUUCCAUUGGGCAUGAGGAAAAGCCAAGACCAAAUCAACCCACAAAUCUCAGUCGGUUCUCAGUAAGGAGGUUGGAUGUACUAUAUAUAUAUAUAUAUAUUCUUUUUUUUUUCAAUAUAUGGAUAUGGAGAUAAGUACAGUAAAUGUUUAACUGAGGUAAACUAGUGGGUCAAAAUGGGAUGCAGACAACUACAGCUUUGCCAUAUGUUACAUUGAGCCUUCAUCCUUCAAUUUAGAACCACAUAAUUCAGUAUUAUUGAGCAAUAAUGAUUGUUUUAGGCUUUUGCAUGAGAAAAUGCAUUUCCCGCUUCAUUCAUUCAUUUUUCUCAAUGAGGUUGAAAUAGACACUACUAUAGACAACAAAGUUCCAAUAUCAUCUUAAAUCUUUAUAUUUUGAAACUGGUUGUUCUGAGAUGAGUGGAAUGGUAACAUUAGAAUUAGUUAAAGUUGGCAUGAAAUAGAAUUGUAUUAUUUUCUAAAUCCUUAAUAUUAAUCAUAUUGUGAACAAUUCAUCCAUGCAUUUUUUUUGGCCUUGUAUUUUUCAACAACAAAAAUCAUAAAUUGAUCUUUCAGUGAAACAACAGUUGUGUACACAUUCAUAGUCAGAUGUGCAUCACAAUCUACAAAAAGGAUCUUGUGCUUCCAGGAGAAAAAAAAGUGCACUUCCAUACUGUACUUACAGUACAACACAACUGUAAUCUGUUACCAAUACUUGUACAGGAUUCGUUAGUUUAGGUUAAAGUUAAUUUCGACAAAUUUAACAAUUUUUUUUACAUUUCACAUAACGUUAAUUAAUGAAAUAACUAUGAAAUUAACAGUUGAACAGUUGCAUGUUUAUAAAUCAACACUAAAAGGUUGUCAGUUCUAAUUGGCUAAUGUUAAUAAAUUAAACCUUACUAUAAAGUAAUCUUACAAGAAGUAUUUUUUUUUAGUUCUGCUAACUAUUUUUAGUUCUAUUUUGAUCAUUUUGAUACUGAUGUGCUUCAAGAUCUACCAAGCAUGUUUUUGACUCAAGAGAAUUGUGUGGCCUUUUUUAUAGUUGGGUACAAAAAUAGCCCUGCUGUUUUCCCUCAUUCUCAUUCCUCUGUUUUUGUGCCAGCGGAGGCUGAAGACACUACCAGACAAUGAUGCUCCAAUUGCAUUGAUCUGUUUAGAACUUAUCAAACCUCCAUGUAAUGAAAGUGGCUGUUCAGAAGUGAGCUGAAUUAGUCAUUACAAUCCUAUUGGUCUACCAAGAGAUUCUUGUGCCUAUUUAUAGUUGGAUACAAAACUUACCCAGCAUUCCAAACACUCCAAAGUUGUUGAAUAAUGCAUAAUACUAGGAGAGCAUACACACUGAAUAUUGUCACCCAGUUUGAUAUUAAAUAUUUAUAGUUGACAUUUUAUGUAGAUUAUGAAUCACUUAACAGCCAUCUGCAUUUCAUGGCUGUUUUUAAAAUGGUAAUCAUACAUUCUGAAUGUCCUCAAAACAUGUAACAUACUAAAGUCUUUGUGACAUGUAAAUAAAGUUCAAUUGUUUAUAUAAUACACUAGAAUUCCAGUUUUAGGUUGCUAAGAUUAUUUAUUUUUUUAAAGAAGUCUUGUAUGCUCACCAGGACUGCAUAUAUUUGAUAAAAUACAGCAAAUACAAUUAUAACUAUUCUCUAUUUUAAUAUAUGAAUUAUUUAGUUACUAAAGCUAAAACCAUAAAAAAACA